UGUAAACGUAUACGUUCGAUAAUUAUCGUUGAAAGAUGACUGUUUGGGAGAGACUGCGGAACCCUUGUGGUUGGAGAUCCGGUGCUAAACAAAUCUCAGUCGAUGCUAUAAUACCGAUUUUUGCAGUUCCAACAUUGGCGGUCAUAGCCGCACAAACAGUUCUAUGUACUGUAAUCAUAUUCGUUGCUACUCCGUUGCUGGUAUAUUAUUUAUAUCACAAUUUCCUGAGGUUUCUACUGCGUACGAAAUUUUUUCUAAUGUGGACAAUCACCAGUGUUAUUAUGUUGAUGCUGAUCUUUGAAAUGAGUGUCGUACCAUUAUUAGAAAUCUUACCAGAAGAGAAUUUAGUGUUUAUAAUUUGUGUGGUGGGAGGUAUAUUGUGUGGUUAUAAGAGUAGACUAAAUGCAGACUCUGCUACUCAAGAAAGUACCUUGACCCAAGGUUUAGAACUUGGUGAAGGAAGUGGAGAGCUAUGCAUUACGUGUAGGAGAAGAGCACCUCCAAAAGCUCAUCAUUGUCGAAUGUGUCAGACAUGUAUUCUGAAUAGAGAAUAUCAUUGUAAAUGGUUGGAUUGUUGUAUAGGUUCCAGCAAUUUAAGAUGGUAUCUAGGAUGCUUGUUUUUUUCAGCCAUAGCUUUUAUCUAUGGUUCCAAUUUAACUAUGACUAGUGUCUGCCAUCCAUUUAUACUUAUUGGUACUGUCCUUUUGCCAGAUGACUGCAGUGAUGUAUAUCAUCAAUUGGACAUUGCCCUCUGCUUCAUCUCGGCACUCUACAGCCUGCUUGUUGGUAUAGUGGUACUUUUCUACUUAAUAUAUCAUCUUUGGUUAAUAUACAUUGGUACAACAUCAAAUGAACGACGUCUUCUUGAAGCUGGAAGCCAAUAUGACAAUGGAAUAUUAAAGAUUGUAUCUCGAUUGUUUUGCUGCAAAACUUAGAUAUUAAAUAUAGACUAGAUUAUUAAAUUUAAUUUAUAUGGGAGACUAUAGUUUUCAUUGUGCAGAGGGCAUUAAAAAAUCUUAAACAAUGAGGUCAAAACAUCAGGCAUAGCGGUAUGUGAGUCAUAAUGUAGACUUCAAUAUUAGUUCAAGCACACCUUUCUUUAUUAAUAUACUUUUUACUUACUCUUGUUUUUUUUU